AUGGCCAGUCUGAAUGUCUCCCUCUCUUUCUUUUUUGCCACCUGCACCCUCUGUGAGGUGGCGAGGAGGGCAUCUAAAGCCCUGCUCCCAGCGGGUACCUAUGUCAGUUUUUCCCGGGAGGCAUUGGGCGCAGCCCAGCUGGCAGCCUGCUGCCUAGAGCUGCGAGUGUUGGUGGAACUUGGCCCCUGGGCCGGGGGUUUCGGGCCCGACCUGUUGCUCACACUGGUCUUCCUGCUCUUCGUGGUGCAUGGGGUCACCUUUGAUGGGGCCUCCGCCAACCCCACUGUGGCCUUACAGGAGUUCCUCAUGGCGGAGGCAUCGCUGCCCAGCACUCUGCUGAAAGUGGUGGCCCAGGUGCUGGGCGCACAGGCUGCCUGUGCCCUGACCCAGCGCUGCUGGACCUGGGAGCUCAGUGAACUACAUAUGCUGCAGAGCCUCAUGUCUGUGCACUGCAGCUCAACCCUGCACACGUCCGUGUUGCAGGGCGCACUGGUGGAGGGGGCCUGCACCUUCUUUUUCCAUCUGAGCCUCCUCCGCCUGCAGCACAGCCUUCGUGUCUACAGGGUGCCUGCCCUGGCCCUGCUGGUCACUGUCAUGGCCUACACAGCUGGGCCCUACACAUCUGCCUUCUUCAAUCCUGCCCUGGCUGCCUCUGUCACAUUCCACUGCUCUGGAAACACGCUGCUGGAGUACACCCACGUGUAUUGCCUGGGUCCUGUGGCAGGGAUGAUCCUGGCUGUCCUACUGCAUCAGGGUCACCUUCCCCGCCUUUUCCAGAGAAAUCUGUUCUACCGGCAGAAAACAAAAUACCGAACUCCCAGAGGGAAGCUGUCCCGGGGUGCUGUGGAUACCCAGAUGUCCACAAAGGAGUAA